GUGUAACUUAUGGUUGAUAUUUUUAUUUGCAAUAAUAUUUGCCUUAAACAUUCCACAUUUGUAGAUUUUCCAGAGACUUGGAUCAAAAGUGAGGGCGGAUACUAUGUCUUCUCCUCUGAUGUGAUGGACUGGAGCAGCAGCAGAAACCGCUGUCUGGAUCUGGGUGGAGGUCUGGUCAUCAUCAACAGCCAUAAAGAACAGGAAACUCUUGCCAAGCAUGUCCGCACUGUUGGUCUGAAUGCAUUAUUUUGGAUUGGUUUAACUGAUAGUCAGACUGAAGGUGAUUGGCGGUGGGUGGAUGACACCAAUUUACAAAGAAGUUUCUGGGAUAAACCGCCUGAUGACAACAAAGAUGCAAAUCCUCUGGGUGAAGACUGUGUUGUUCUGAAUGGUAAAAUUGAGGCGGCAAGCUGGGGAGAUGUUUCUUGCUUAAGGAAGGAAAGAAGCAUAUGUGAAAUUCCAUGCCUGUAAUGAAAUACCUAAUAAAAGGUUUCUGUUUGUCAUAUA